AUGUUCAGACUCUCGACCUGCAGCAGAGGAGCCAAGACGGCAACCUCCCUCCUAACCACCUCAGCCUCAUCAACACCAGCAUCACACAUUCGCCCCACUGCAGGCACCGCGCAGAUCAGAAGCUACGCAAGACCACCCAAGCCCUCCUCCUCAUUCCAGCACCAACAACCAACCGCACAAAAGACAACCGCACAAAAGACAACCUUUAACAGCGCAAGCUCAACAACCGCCCGCGCACCCAAGGCCUCCAAAACCUCAAACGCCCUCACCUUCCUCGCCGUAUCCUCCCUCGGCAUCGGCGCAUACCUCUACCAAUGGAACCAACACAGUUCCUCGUCCGGUGUUUUGUCCUCCAACCCCUUCUUCAACUUCUUCUCAACCUCUCCAGCCGAUACCCUAACCACCGAAAAAUGGACCCCCAUCCAACUGACAAAAAUCACAAAGGUCUCCGACCACACCUCGCUCUUCGAAUUCCAACUCCCUUCUCCCUGUGCGAUCCCUAUCAGUUCUGCGAUCUAUGUCAAGGAUGAUCAGAUUCAGGCCAUGAGGGCUUAUACGCCUGUGCAUUCGACGGAGCAGGAGCAAGGGACGGUUCAGUUGUUGAUUAAGCGGUAUAGUGAGGGCCAGGUGUCGAGGUUUAUGCAUGAUGCCAAGGAGGGGCAGAGGAUUGAGAUGCGUGGGCCGGUGUUGAUUUGGCCUGGUGGAAGGGAGGAUUUGAAGCAAUGGGAUGAGAUUGGCAUGAUCGCAGGAGGGACAGGAAUCACGGCGUUUAUGCCAAUCAUCCACUCGGCUUUGACAAAUCCAGACAAGAAGGUCAAGAUUUCGCUCCUCUUUGCCUCUCAAUCGCCUGAAGAACUCUACUUCAAGGACGAACUCGACUACCUCGUCAAGACCUUCCCCAACCAACUCCACGUCUCCUAUACCGUCGACAAAGCCCCCGCUGCUACUUCAGAGACUGAGACUGUUUCCAAGUGGGAGGGCCAUGUCGGAUUCGUAAACCAGGGAAUGCUCCAGGGACUGUUGCCACCGCCCAAGAAAGUGAUCACUCAAGGGGAUGCCACCCAAGAGCAGGAGAAGAAGUCGAUUGUGUUGGUGUGCGGACCAGAGAGUAUGGUAAACCAUGUUGCGGGCACUCGUGGGAUGAAUGGACAAGAACCUAUUCGUGGGGUGUUGGGCGCAAUGGGAUACCAGAGGGAGCAGGUCUUCCGUUUCCCCAACUAG